AUGUCUAUAGUGCCUGUUUCAAAGGAGACCUACUCCCAAGAGCCAAACGACCACAUCGAUGGCCUUAUCACAAUCCCGGGGUAUGACCCGGACCUCCAACCCACAGUUGGAGAAAUCCGCAAAGCCAAGAUAAAGGCCGAUUUGUGCAUCCUCCCUUUCAUCGUGGUCUGCUUCUGCUUUUUGCAGUUCGACCGCACGAACAUCGGCAAUGCUUUGACAGAUACGCUGCGGGCUGAUAUUAAUGUGAGCAACUCGGCGAUCAACAUGGCCCAGACCCUGUUUACCGUGGGCUUCAUCAUCACCGAGUUGCCUUUCAACGUUAUCAGUCGAUACAUAGGCCCCGAAAGAUUCUUGCCCAUCACAAUGCUUCUCUGGGGUGUCGCCACAUGGUCCCAGAUCUUCAUCAAGAAUAAGUCGGGGCUGAUCGCCGCCCGAUUCUUCAUCGGAGCCCUUGAAGGCGGCUAUAUCCCCGGGUUCGCCCUCUACAUCUCGCGGUAUUAUACCCACCAGGAGCUUGCGCUGCGAUAUGCGAUAUUUUGGGCCUCGAAUAGCUUUGCUGGCAUUCUUGGCGGCCCUCUUUCGAUAGGUCUCCUCUCACUAGGCGGUCGAAAUGGACUUCACGGGUGGCAGUGGCUUUUUUUGAUUGGUGAUCCGACUGACAAUAAAGCAGAGGGCCUCAUUACGUGUUUUCUUGGUAUUGUGGCAUACCUAUACCUCCCACACAGCCCUGUCCGCCCUAAGACCUUCUUUCGUCGAUCCUACAAUAUCUUCACUAUUCGCGAGGCCUCUAUCUUGGUAACCCGGGUGCUCAACGACGACCGCACCAAGGCACAACAAGCACAAGGGCGUCACCAGCGGCGGACUAUCACACUCUCAGAUGUGCACAGCACCUUUACCGACUGGCGCCUCUAUGGACACCUGAUCGCCGCCUUCUUGUCGAUGUUAAUGAUCUCUCCGAUGAACACCUAUGCGCCCUCAAUCAUCAAAAGUCUCGGCUUUACCAGCCUGCAAGCCAAUGGUCUCAACUCUGUCGGUAGCGCUGGCGCAUUGCUCCUGUCCAUUACGUUGGCAUACAGUAGUGACCGGUCGCAGGAGCGUGGGCUGCACAUUGCCAUCGGGUAUCUUUGGGGCGCCGCGGGGCUGUUGUGGUUGGCAUUGGCGCCGGAUUCUCGUGGAAAAUGGUUGCUCUACGGGGGAGUCGUGUGGACACAGAUGGGGAUGGGCUGCGCCCAAGCGAUCAGCGCCGCCUGGCUGACGACCAAGAUGCCGGAGCGGAAGCGGCCGGUGGCACUGGCGGCGUAUGUCAUGAGUAUCCAGCUGGCGAAUCUGCCUGGCAAUCAGUUGUUCCGAUCGCAGGACGCACCGCGGUAUACCCGUGGGCUUAUCAUUGCCGCCUCUUGCGCAAUCGGAGGAGCCGUCAUCAUUUUAGUUUGGAAGGUGCUCUACCGCAUGUUCGAUCAUGAGGAUAAUAUAGCGGAGAAAGAGCAGGCAAGACCUUACGAUCCAAGCCGAAGGGAGGAUCGACCAUGA